AUGCUUAGAAGUUCCAAUAAUUAAAAAGUAAAUUUCUUGCUGAAAAUAUUUAGAGAAAUAUCUGGAAAAUCAGUUAAUUAAGAACUUUACUAUGAAAAAGAUGAAAAUGAGAUGAAUGAUGAAGUAGAAGACUUUUUCCAACUUAUUGUUAAAGUUAAAAGAUUAAGGGUAGAAAAUGUAUGCCAGCGAUUAGGUCUUGUAUCUCUGGCUUAUCUUUGGCUCAAAGACUAAUCAGAGUUGCUCGAAGAGAUGAUAGAGAAUGAGAUGGAUGCAAGAAUAAUCAAGAUUUGCUCUAUGGGCUUAAAGCCGUCUCAUCUUGGCAAAAGCAUAUCAUAAUUGCAUGAUUACUUCAUCAAACUUAGAGAUCAAUUCUAAUUCAAUGUUUGUGGAGAAGGAGGAGAGUAUGAAUCUGCUGUCUUUGAUUGUCCUCUAUUUAAGUCCAAGCGUAUAGUGGCAUUAGAUUAGUAAAUUAUCCAUCAUGAUGAAAGUGAAAUAGCUCCAGUUGCUCAUUUAAAAUUUAAUUAGUUCCAGCUUGAGGAUAAAGACGAAGAUACUAAUCAAAGACACAGUGAAUUACUAUAAAAUUUAAUUGAAUCAAGAAAAUACAUUUAAGAUGUAAAAUACGAAAAGAUUGAAUAAAAUUUUGAUUGGAAAUAAUCAACAACUGAUGAAAUUAUUUAAAGUCAUUAGCUAGAAAAGCAUUACUAAAUAAGUAAAGACUAAAUAAUUACAAAAUUCAUGACUAUAAGGGAUAUUAAAAUUGAGGGCUCAGGCUCCCUCGAAUUAAGUUAGUCACAAUAGGUAGAUUUAUUAUUGUCGCAUUUGAGCAAAUUAUUUGAAGAUAAUGGCUUCUCUUUGAAGAACGGGACAUUAAAGAUUAAUCUCUAUAUUUAUGAUAUGAGUUAGUUCAUAGAUAUUAACACUGUAUACAAGAAGUACUUUGGAUUAAAACCACCAGUUAGAGUAUGUGUAGAAUUGCCAAACUAAAAUUAAGAUAGUUUGGUAUACAUUCAAGCUAUAGGUAUGAAAGAGGCCACUUUGCAAAAAUUAAAUAGGCAAAAUCUUCAUGUCUAAGGUUACAGUUAAUGGGCUCCUGCUAAUAUAGGGCCAUAUAGUCAAGCCAAUUAAUUAAAUGGAAAUAUAUUGCUAGCUGGGAAUAUUGGAUUAAUCCCUGAGCAUAUGCUUUUGUAGAAUAGUCUCUAAUUAUUAGGUGCAAAUAUUUUUAUUUCUUCAGAUGUUGAUAUAAAGUCCAUAAUGCCAAAGAUACUUGAUGAUUUCAAAAUUAUUCCAACAUCAAUCAUAAGAGUUGGAAAAUUACCCAGACUCAGUCUAAUUGAAAUUGAGCUCUUUUGUAACAAAGAAGCUGACCAUUUUUAAAUGGAGCCUAUUUAAUCAGAAACUUAACAAACAAUAGUUCAAUCACUUAUCAAAUAGAAUUCUUCAAACGAUGAAAGCGAUGAUUAAAUAGAGGAAUCAAAAUCUGAAAAUAAUUCUAUUAAUAUAUUGAAGUUUACUGGAUAAAUCAAACUUAAUUCUGAUAUAAGUGAAGAGAUUUAGUUACAGAAUCAAAUAAAUUUGGUCAAAUCUAAUAUAUUAAAGAAGUUAAAAUAACACGAAAAAACUUUGAGCUUUUAAAUGACAAUUUAUAAACCACAUAAAUUCAGUUUUGAUUCAAAUCAUUUCUUACAAAAAGUAUUUGAAACAGAAGGUCUUGAUGUUUCAAUAAGUACAAUUCCAGUAUAUGAAGCUUAUAAUCUCUAAUUAGUAGAUUAUUUUAAAACUUAAGGCUUUUACAUUCUCUGGACUAUGGAAUCAUUGGAUUUGAAUUGA